ACUGGCCAGCGGCGGAAGGUUUUCCUUGUCGGACCUGCUGGAGGCGGCUGCCCGGGGCUCGGUUCCUGAGGGAAAGUGGCGGUUUGUGUUUGAGCCAGAGCCGGACCCCGGGGAAGGACAGAGAGAGAGAAGGAAGGAGGACGAAUAAACCCGGAGAAAACCGAGAGAGAGGAUGAACCUGGAGUUGCUCGAGUCCUUUGGACAGAACUACCCAGAGGAGGCGGAUGGAACUCUGGACUGUAUCAGCAUGGCCCUCACCUGUACCUUUAACAGGUGGGGUACCUUGCUCGCUGUGGGGUGUAACGAUGGCCGUAUUGUCAUUUGGGACUUCCUGACGAGGGGUAUUGCCAAAAUCAUCAGUGCACACAUCCAUCCAGUUUGUUCAUUAUGUUGGAGUCGCGAUGGACAUAAACUAGUCAGUGCCUCAACUGAUAACAUUGUGUCGCUGUGGGAUGUUCUGUCUGGAGAUUGUGACCAGAGGUUCCGAUUUCCCUCGCCAGUGCUCAAAGUCCAAUUCCAUCCCAGAGAUCAGAACAGGGUCCUUGUCUGCCCAAUGAAAUGUGCUCCAGUGUUAUUAACUCUCUCUGACUCUAAGCACGUGGUUCUACCUGUAGAUGAUGAUUCAGAUCUUAAUGUCGUGGCAUCUUUUGAUCGACGAGGGGAAUAUAUUUACACAGGGAAUGCCAAGGGAAAGAUCUUAGUUCUGAAGACUGACUCACAAGACCUGGUAGCUUCAUUCAGAGUCACAACGGGCACCAGUAACACCACUGCUAUUAAAUCUAUCGAAUUUGCAAGGAAAGGGAGCUGUUUUCUAAUAAACACGGCAGACAGAAUCAUUCGAGUGUACGAUGGCCGAGAGAUCUUAACAUGUGGGCGUGAGGGGGAACCUGAACCAAUGCAGAAACUGCAGGACUUGGUGAACAGGACUCCCUGGAAGAAGUGUUGUUUCUCCGGUGAUGGGGAGUACAUCUGUGCAGGUUCAGCACGGCAGCAUGCACUCUACAUCUGGGAGAAGAGCAUUGGAAACCUGGUGAAGAUUCUUCAUGGCACCCGGGGAGAGCUGUUGUUGGAUGUAGCAUGGCACCCUGUCCGACCGAUCAUAGCAUCGAUAUCCAGUGGAGUUGUGUCUAUUUGGGCUCAGAACCAAGUGGAAAACUGGAGUGCAUUUGCUCCAGACUUCAAAGAGUUAGACGAGAACGUUGAAUAUGAAGAGAGAGAAUCUGAGUUUGAUAUUGAAGAUGAAGAUAAGAGUGAACCUGAACAGACUGGUGGUGAUGCGGCAGAAGAUGAAGAGGUUGAUGUCACGUCUGUUGACCCUAUCGCUGCUUUUUGUAGCAGUGAUGAAGAGUUUGAAGACUGCAAAGCCCUCCUCUACCUCCCAAUAUCUCCCGAAGUGGAGGAUCCUGAAGAGAAUCCUUAUGGACCGCCCCCUGAAGCAGUGCAGAACCCAGGAACUGAUGACAUGAACAACCCGGAUAAGAAACGACAGGCAGCCACUGAUGGAUCGCAGCCACCAAAGAAGAAGCCCAAGAUGACCAAUAUUGAGCUACAAGGAGUACCGUGUGAUGAAGUUCACCCAUUGCUGGGUGUGAAGGGCGAUGGAAAGUCGAAGAAAAAGCAAGCAGGCCGGCCUAAAGGAACGAAAGGUAAAGAGAAAGAUUUCAUUAAGUCGAAAGCCUUCAAAGGAGACAGAGGUCAGUCUUUGGAAGGAGCAGUGAAGGGCAAGGAGCUGGCGGAAGUGGUUGAGCCACCCGCAGGAGGAGGUGUUAUUUCUGACCUGCUGUGAGUGUGGUUGAUGAUAAUUCUUCAAUGAAAUUGUUGCUCUACCUUCAUACUACUUAGUAUGAUGCAGCACCUGGAAGGAAUAUGACUGCCGGUCAAUUUGUUGGCCAAAAAGAAAAGGAACCUUCGUGAACUGCAGGGGUGGAUAGGCCCUUUAUCUCUCCUCGAACUGUGGGCAUUAAAACAUCAGCCAACUGAAGAUCUGUUACAGAUUCCCAGGAAAACCGAUGUGUAAUUUCUGUCUUCACAUGUUAGAUAGUGACAUUACUAUUUAUGUGGAACCAUACAUGAAAGGCACUGAAGGCUGAGAAGGUGAACAAAACUACCAUCCUCCACUUUUGCUUUUGAAGUAACAAUUGAUGAUUGUCACUUUCAUGUCCUGGGAAGUCAAGGACUGACUGGUCAGGUGCACUGAAAGGUUUCAUAAAAUCCAGUUCCUGAGACUGCAAAUCUCCUGCUCCACCACGUAACUUUCUUUUUAAAAAGAACUAUUUGUGGUAACCUUGAGAUACCUGGGUGCUUGUAUAUCUUUUGUACUGGCUUGUUAUAUGAUUAGCUGGCAGUGAAUGGCUAAAUAUUGUAGAUUUUACUUUUUCUUUUAUUCAUUUGUCUAUGAACUGGACUGCUCAUAUUGUUUUGGGCUGUGAUUGGAGUGAAGGUUGACAGAUGCUUUUUCUUUGUACUUUUCUCUCGCUCUGAUUUUUCAAUGUGUAGCACUUCAGCUCAGCUGUUGUACAGUGUCAUCUUCCCCAUCUGUACCAACUGGCUGCAUCUAAUGAUUGCGCUGUUGCAAAUCACCACCCCUUCUCAUGUUGGGGAACCUUACAGACCUGAAAUUCCCUCGGCUUUCUGCUGGUGUAGGAGGCUAGUAGAAGAUUCCUAUCUGGCUAUGCUACCAGUCUAUGUGAAGAUCUGGCAUUUGAGUGGGCAUUCAGUCCAUCAGCUAGUGAGAGCUGGAGAUCCCAAAGGAGACCUGCUUCCGACCAGUGGAGUCAUUGUCAGGCCCAGCUGCUGAUUGGUUCCUGAACUCGGAGAUUCAUCUCUCUGGUUUGAAGUGAGCCUUUCAACCUGUCAGUUCAGCACCUACAGCCUCAGAGCCUGAUCCCAGAGACUGGAGGUUAUGAAGGCAUGGGAUAGAUCAUUCCCUGAAAUGGGCCCACUCUGAGACGGCCUUCUCGUUACUUUUGAAAACUUUGGACCAGUCAGGUCAGGAGAGCGAUGUCAGAGUUUCAGCUGGAAUAACUCUGAAUGCUCAAACAGAUGCUCAGUCUGCCUGUAAGUACUGUUGUUCACCAUGUGGACAAGGCAAGAAAACAAAAAAAAAUUAGAGAUUCAGGAUAUGAGAAUGAAGAUGGAAAAUUUGAUGGCAACCUUCAAUUUAAUUUGUUUGUUAUCUGAAAUAAGUUUCUCUAUCAAAUAACUGUUUUGACUAACUCUUAUUUGUUCACUUACACAAAUAAUCAAGCCCUGUUUUAAAAUUCAGUGACACCAGAGAAGAACUCUGAUGGCUUGGUCGGUCCCGUGUACCACAGCUAGCAAGCGGGUAUGGUUGUAUUCAUGGAAGAUGCUUCUCAUCUCCACACCAUACACACGCACAAUUCAAAGAUGUCCGCUGUUCUCACACACAUGUACAGGCAUGCACAUGCAGCGUGUCCUAACCUUUAGUCUGUACAUGCAUGUUCAAAACCCUAAAAUCCUUUAAGUGUGAACCUUCCCGUGCACUUGAACUGUGUAUCAUCUGAUAAUGAAUACCAAAAUCUAACCCCAUGCACACAAUGGGAGAACCCACUAAAUGGAAAAAUCCAAAGCUCCUAUUCAAGCAGAGAAAUGAUGUUUUGUUUUGAAGCUGCAUGAUUGUUUUCCAGUCAGUGUCUCUACAUUUUCUCUGUGUUACACAAGUGUUUCCCCAAGCCCAUCACCUCCCACUCAAGUGUCUCUUGUUACCUUGCUUCACCUUUUCUUUUCAGCAUUAUUGAUGGCCAUUUGGAGCAGCUUGGCCCGAGAGAAUGUGCUCGUUUAAUAGGUAGCAUUCACAACCGCAUCUGUAAAAUACUGCACACGUUAACACAUGUUACACAACAGCCUGAGUGAAAGUAUGAGCCAUAGACAAGUUUUGGUACAGAGGGAAGCCAUUCAGCCCAUUGUCAUUGUGUGGCACAGGAUUCUGCAACAUGACAACGCUUCGAAAAUCAACAGCUUCUCUUAUCCACAUUGAGCUGUGCAAAAAAUAAGCUGUGGUUUUAUUUCUAUAGUGCAUUGUCUGUGUGAUGCUGCUGCAAUAUUUCAAUUGUCCAUUUCUAUUGGCUACUGUGAAUUAAUUUAUUUUCAAUAUCGACUGACUACCAUCACCAGGGAGGUAACUAAGUAAUCAUUGGCUUUUUAAGCGGGGGAGAAAAGAGUUACAAUUGAACAUAUGACCUCUAAUUCAAACAGAAUUAAUAAUGUGGUAUUCACAGCACACAAAUUAGCCCAUUUGGCCCCAAAGGUGCAUUACUGCGGUUUAUGGUUUGCAGAAACGUCCUCCCUCCCCUUUUCAUCCAACCCUAUUUGCAAAAUCUCUUACUUUUUUUUCUUUCGUGUAUUUAUCUAGCUUCCCUUUAGCAUCUAUGCAGUUAGGCUGAGCUACUCUUUGAGUUGGCAAAUUUCAUAUUUUCACAUCAUUGUACUAUCCUUAUUUCUGUAGACCUGCUUUAAUGGGGAGAUGGUGGGGUGGGGGGGGUGAGGCAUACGGUUAAUGCAUCUAGACCUAAGGACUAGUAUAUUACAGCUGAUUUAGUUCUUCCUGCUCCAUAGCAGUAGGCACAUUAAAGAGCCUGUUGCAGUUUUUCAAUGUGGCUACCCACGUGUUUGCAGUUUCUUUGGUUUUAAGCCUGGAGGUUUCUGUUUGACCCAGGAGAAAGUUUGACAGCUCAUGAUAUGAGCAGAGAGACAAGAAGGCGUUUGUAGAAAGAACACUGUCAUAUGUCCAUUAUGUUUGAUUAUGAACCUUUUUGAUGAUGAAGGGGAAACUAGAAUUUCACAUUUGUUCUAUAUCUCGACCAUUCUGAAGUUGGACAAUUUGCCUUCUCCCGGAGCACUGUAAUCUGACCCAGCUGGUGCAUGGCUGUUAUGCUGGUGAGAAAUGCCUUUUGUGUUUGCCCCAAUAGUCACUGGUCAUGCUAAUAACAGACCUCUGUUAUUGUUAAAACAAUCUCUUCUGCAUGGGGUUCGGCUGUUUUGUAAUGGCCCCCUUUUUUAAUGUUGAUAGAACAAUACUUGCUCAAUCCUCCACUGCAUUUAAAUGGACCAGAUUGUGAAUGCAAGGGAUGUGUAGGUGACUUGUGCAUUGAGGUGUCCUGAUAUUUGGUAACCAAUACUGUUGUACAGAACAUAAAUGCAAGGAUGGUUUGAGCAACUGUGUAUACAUUUUCUGAAUUUCUGUAAAUAAUAAACAUUAACCUGGUUUUAA